GCGGGCAGCGGGACACACCGGGACACACCGGGACACACCGGGACCCGCCGGGACCCGCCGCGGCACCGGCACCGGCACCGACCUGGCCUGACCCCGCCCGACCCGAUUCGGGCCGGGCCGCCAGAGAUCGGCACCGGGGGCACCGGCACCUUCAACGGGCCCUCACCCGGCACCCCCGAGCGAUCCCCGCAGGGCCGCGGUUUCGCUUUCGCCGCUCCCUCCCCGCGCUGUCCCCGCCGGGCGAAGGCGGCAGCGGCCGGGCCCGAGGCGCGGGGCUGUGAGGGGAGCGGGACCGGCACCGCACGGAGCCAUGGCCAUCGCCGCCGUGCCCGCGGCCGAGUCCCGGCUCUGCGGCAACUGCAAAAAGGAUAUUCCUGCAGUCAAUUUCAUCAUCCAUGAAAUCCACUGUAGAAGAAAUAUUGAAAUAUGCCCCUACUGCAGCGACACCAUCCCAAAGUCUGAGAUGAAGAACCACAUUGAGUCUGAACACGUGCAGGUGAGAGACAUCUCUGCUCUGAAAGCUGCUCGUGUCUGUGCUGAUUCAUCUCAUGAGCUCUCUUUGCUGCAGGUCACCUGCAAGUGUAGGAUGAAGAUGGAAAACAGCCUCCUGAAGGAUCACGAGGCGUCCUCGUGCCCGCUGCGCCCCGUGCUGUGCCAGUUCUGCGACAUCCAGCUGGCCUUCAACAAGCUCCCGGAGCACGAGCUCUACUGCGGGGCCAGGACCGAGCCCUGCGGGCGCUGCGGCCGCAACGUCCUGCUCAGGGAGCUCAAGGAGCACCCCCGGGUGUGUGGCAGGGAGGAGAAGGCAGCCAAGGGGAGCAGGAGAGCGCCAGCAUUCGGGAACGAGCGCGGAGGCGAGAGGAACCGACAGGGAGCAGGGGAUGAACUAGAGAGACCUGAAAUCCUUCAUUCCCAACUUCCUGAAGACUGGAACGCUGACCUGGACUAUGUGUUGGCUCUCAGCCUGCAGACUGAGAAUAAUGCUCACCAUGAUACUGCAGCUGACAUUCCCGGGGAUUUCUGGGAAUACGACUACACCAAAGAGCCUGGACAAUCCUCCCACCUUGGUGGGAUGGACCUGUCCAACAUCUUGUCCUGUGACUCUCCAGGGUCCUUUGGCACAUCAAACCACAGCAAAACAGACAAGGAGGUGAUCAUGUUGCCCUGCGAGUUCUGUGAGGAGCUGUGUCCUGCUGAAGAUCUGAUCCUUCACCAGACAGGGUGUAACCCAGCAAGUGCCUUUGCCUCGUUCAGUAAGAGAAGUUAUUCUCCACAUCCAUGGGAAUACGGUGUUGGAGCUGGGGGCUCCAACAGCCACAGGACCGUUCCCUCAUCCCAAGCUGUCCAGGCAGAAGGAGACACCAUGAUUCCAUGUGAAUUCUGUGGCAUCCAGCUGGAAGAGGAGAUUCUCUUUCAUCACCAGCACCACUGUGACCUGCGCCCUGCCAGCCCCACAGGUGACAUUCCAGCUCGGGAGCUGCCGGCUCCUGCGCCCCGCGGGGACAGACGGGAAUCGCCGGAGCCGGCUCGGCGGCGGAUCCGGCACCAAGGAGAUGUUUCUCCUUGGCACACGGAAGGCUUCGGGAAGCUGGGGCUGUGCCCUGCUGCAGGGACCAGGCUGAGGACGGAGGUGGCCAAGGCUGGGGACGCGGCGUUGUCCCCUCCAGGGAGAGCGGGUGACGCUCCGGCCGCCCGGGCAAAGCCUGGGAAGGGCAGCGGCAGGGAGGGGACACCGAGGGACAGAGGUGACGCUGCAGCUGCCACAGCAGCCCGGGCAAGACCUGCUCAGCACUUCCAGGCAGAAACCUUCACUUCCAGCUCCUCCAGGGCUUCUCCAGCCCAGCCAAGCUCCAGCGCCGCGGGAGGAAGGAGCCCGGGGCUGUCGGACGGGCGCAGCGGCCUCCGGCGCCGGAGCUCCAAGGCGAAAGCACAGAGCCCAGCAGCCGGACACCCGGAGGAGUGAGCCAGCGCCUGUGGGAAACACGGCCCUGUGCCCAGGCUCUGCUUGGCAAAUCCUGACACUCAGCUUCAAUUUUUAGGCAGUGACCGUUUUCUAAAUCUCUAUUUUUAAAUCCGUUGAGAGCAAAGUUCAUGUUUUUAUGUCUCUGAUGGCCUCGAGCACCCCUCCCAAGGCAUCACAUUGAGUCUCAGCUGGGGCCCCGGCUGAGCUGUGUGUCCUGCCCUGGAGCACAGCCGGGGACACCAACAGGGAGCACUCGAUGCUCUGGCCCCGUCCCACACGGAGCAGGCUUGGGGCUCCAGGGCUUCUCAGUGCUGCAUUUCCAAGUUUAAAGCUUCUUAAGUUCCUUGGAAUAAAAUUUCUCUGAUGCUGUCCCAAACCGUUGUGCGGUGCCGUCUGUCCCCCGUGGCGACGCGGGAGCACAGGAUCCAUUCCCGCCGUUAUUCCCUGCCCUGGGUUCUGUUGCUGCUGGAAUCCCCGGGACUUUGGGAAGGGGAGCAGAUCCUGGAUCACAGCCCUGAGCAGCAGGCUAACGAAGGAGGUGCAGCAGGUGGCACAG